AUGAAUACCGUAAAAGUUGUGGUGAAGAAUGUUCCAGACUAUGGUGCUUCAAGGGAAAGAAAUGAUCUUGGUUACUUAACAUUUGAUCUCAAAACAGAUUUAUCCAACCUAUUCAACUGGAAUGUUAAACAGUUGUUCUUGUACCUCACAGCCGAGUAUGUCACACCAAACAAUGAACUUAACCAAGUUGUACUAUGGGACAAGAUCAUACUCAGAGGAGAAAAUGCAUUAUUAGAUUUUAAAAAUAUGAACACCAAAUACUAUUUCUGGGAUGACGGGAAUGGUUUGAAAGGUCACAACAAUGUCACAUUAACCCUCUCCUGGAAUAUUAUACCUAAUGCCGGUCUGUUGCCAAACAUCCAGGCUAUUGGUCUACAUUCAUUCAAGUUUCCUACAGAAUACACUCAAACCAGAGUAUGA